AUGGCUAAACGCAGCUUCCUACUUUUUUCAACGUUAAUUAUAACAUGUGUACAAUGCGGCGUCGUCUGGGAGACCCCGAGCAAUCUUCAGCCAGUUCACGGCCUUUACGUCAAACCUUCAGAUGAUGGGACAACCGGUGAUUUAUACGUAGCAGCCACCGAAGAACAUGGUGUCAACUCUCAAUGGCUCACGGACCAGCCGAUUAACUUUCUAGCGUCUGCUUCUGAAAACCACCAAUUGCCUCUAUCGUUUACUUCCACGGAUUCUGAUGAGGUUCCCCCUCAAAAGCGAGCAGUUUUGACAACACCAAUUCAAUUCGCGCAGGCCCUCCCUACGGAAACCGAAAAGAGUCUGUACCACGUACCAAAAUCAGAUGAGAAGAGCACACCAUGCGCCCACCCAGCUCCAUAUUAUUCUCCGUUCCAGUACUUCUAUCCUCAGAUGUUAUCUGCUAUAGCUAAUGCCUACACUCAGAAGGAGAGCAUUGAUGAGACUGUUAAAGCACAACCAGCUGCAUGGCCCCAUGCUUAUGCCUAUCCAUUCCAGUACGUGAUGUUUGACCCUAGAGCAUGGGCAAACCAGAUCAGCGCAUCGGAGAACUCAAAAACAUCUACCAAGGAUGGUGCGUAA